GCGUCGAUCAAGUUAGCUCUGCGCUCAUCCUGGCCGCGCUUGGUUGUAAACACCAAGUACAGAACAGCUCGCAAAUAUUAAAGAUAACAUAGAAAACCAGUGAAGUGAGCAAAUACACAGAGCGUGAAAUAUGUCCGAUUCGGUGGUGAUGAAGUGCGAAAAAGAGCUAAAGAUCAGCGACCAGGAAAAUGAAAACGGUGUAACCUGCCCGACCAUCAACAGCAACGGCGACAACUCCUUGGAUGUCCUGUCCAAGUCACCUGUCUUCAGCAGCGAGAUCGUCGACAACAUCAAGGAACAUGAUAAUGCCGGCAUACCUCUACAGACACCCUGGACCUUCUGGCUCGACAAAGCGAUUUCUGGGACAACCACUGAAGAGUAUAAAGCUAACUUGAAGAAAAUUUAUACGGUCAGUACCGUUCAAAGUUUCUGGGCAGUCUUCAAUCACAUUCCCGAUGCAAGUCAAAUGCAGAUACGAUUUAGUUACCACCUGAUGCGAGAAGAGCGAUACCCGUUAUGGGAAGAACCGUACAAUCAAAACGGUGGUACCUGGCGCUUCAAAUGUAACAAAGAUGACACGGCAACCGUGUGGAAAGAAGUCGUACUGGCGUCGAUUGGCGAGCAGUUCACCGGCCAUCUGGCCGAAGGCGACGAGGUUGUCGGCGUGACGGUGUCGAUUCGCGAUAGAGACGACCUCAUUCAAGUCUGGAAUGUAGAUGCAUCUUUGGCGGCGAAGGCUUCCGUCAUGGAAAAGAUUCACGCUCUCCUUCCUGACAUUACGUUCCUCGCAGAAUUUUAUAAACCCCAUCAAACUCAUCAUGCCUUCAAUCGUCAUUGAGCGAUGAUCACGUUGUUUAAGAGUCGCCACCGUAAAUAUAUUUUUCAAAAAAAUCGAUGCACGUGGAGCAGAAACCGACGAUGUGAUACCAAAAGGAAGAAGCCAGACGAACUUUUUUUUUCUCUCAAUGAAUACUCCAAUUCACCAUACCUAUGGCCUUUGCUUCGUAUAUUUUUACCUUUUUUUUUAAGUUUAAAAAAACAAGUGUAAAUUUUUGCAUAACCAUAAGUUUUAAUAUUGUCUGCUGAGUAGCGUAUAUACACGCAAAGUGCGUUAAAGUAUAUUUUUAUAUUGACAAUUAACCAAAUAAAUUGUUUCUACACUUUG